UGUAAACUAUGUGACAAAGCAUUUGGUCGCAAGACCAAUCUAAAAACACAUAUGGUUGUGCACACAGGAGAGAAGAAUUUUAAAUGUCAAAUAUGUGACAAGACAUUUGCUCUACACACAGGAGAGAAGAACUAUAAAUGUGAAAUAUGUGACAAAGAAUUUGCUUCAAAAUCUUAUCUUCAAAUUCAUUUAGAAGUACAUUCAGGAGAGAAGAAUUACAAAUGCGAAAUAUGUGACAAAGCAUUCGCUCAUAGAAAAUAUCUAAGACUGCAUAUGGUUGUGCACACAGGAGAGAAAAAUUAUAAAUGUGAAAUAUGUGACAAGACAUUUGCUCAUAAGAAUAAUCUUAAAGAUCACGUGAAAGUACAUACAGGAGUAAAAAAUUAUAAAUGUGAAAUAUGUGACAAAGCCUUUAAUCAAAAUAGCGCUCUUAAAUCUCAUAUGAGAGUGCACACAGGAGAGAAGAAUUAUAAAUGUGAAAUAUGUGACAAAGCCUUUUCUCAAAAUAGCACUCUAAAAUGCCAUAUGAGAGUGCACACAGGAGAGAAGAAUUAUAAAUGUGGAAUAUGUGACAAAGCCUUUUAUCAAAAUAGCGCUCUAAAAUCUCAUAUGAGAGUGCACACAGGAGAGAAGAAUUAUAAGUGUGAAAUAUGUGACAAAGCAUUUGGUCGCAAUGACACUCUGAAAAUACAUAUGACAGUGCACACAGGAGUGAAAAAUUAUAAAUGUGACGUAUGUGACAAAGCAUUUGCUUGUAAAA